AUGGUAGAAUUCGCUCAGAGCAUUACCGGGGAACCGGUGUGUGUCUUCGAAAAAAAGCGCUUUGUGUGCUGCCCCCUGACGGAUGAGGAGGCCCGUUUAGUAUUCGAAAAGCUCAGUAAAUAUAUUGGGAGCAAUAUCAAGCGUUUGCUGGAUAGACCGGAUGGAUUAUACUGUUUCAGACUGCAUAAUGACAGAAUUUUCUACGCACGAGAAUCUCUGGUUAAGCAAGCAUCUGUGAUUAGUCGCGACAACCUUGCUAGCUUCGGGACAUGUUUUGGAAAAAUGACGAAAACAGGGAAGUUUCGCCUGCACAUUACGGCAUUGGACUUUCUCGCUCCUUAUGCACAGUUUCGUGUUUUGCUGAAACCGAAUGCCGAGCAGCAGUUCCUUUACGGUCACAACAUCGCAAUAUCAGGAAUACACAGGAUAUCGGACAACACACCGAAAUAUGCCGGAAUCGUAGUUUUCUCUGCGGCGGAAACCCCAUUAGGAUUUGGAGUAGCAGCGAAAUCCAGCGCUGAAAUUAAGCAUGCCGACCCUAUCGCCACAGGAAUUUUUCACCAAGCUGACCUCGGAGAGUAUAUUCGCCAAGAAAACACAUUAAUCUGAACAUUGUUUCUUGUAGACUUCUCUAAAUAUGUAGUGAGUUGUCAAUUUGUCAUCUUCCGUAAAGAAAUUCACUUCUGCCAGAAUGUUCAACGUCACCAACAGCAUUAAAGCUUUUUUUUAUAGAAAGUGAUUAAUGAAAAACGAAACAAAAAA